UGAGAGUAUUGACAACCUUUUAUUGUUUGUAUCUGCAACUAAGCUAUGUCAAUGGAUGAAGAAGACCCAUUGGGUCCACCUAAGAACACCCAGAACUUGGAUUUAUCCAAGUUAUCGCCACAAGAGUUGCGUAUUUACAAGAUGUAUGGGAAGUUGCCCACCACCCAACAGAUUUUGACAAAUAAGUUUCAAGAUAAGAAAUACUUUGACAGUGGGGACUACGCCAUGCAGAAACAAGGUGGAAACAAGGGGAUUCCAGGAGGAGUGCCCUUGAAGCACCCCAAUGCCGAAAAGGUUAAGGAAAUGUAUAACCGUAGUUCGAUCAGCGGUAGCAAUGCUGGGAUCUUAUACAACGGUAAGCUGGGUUUGUUGAACGAGUCCACACCUAGCGGGAUUGAAGAAGAGGAUGAAGAGGGAAAGAAAUAGGUAGAAUCAGGGAAAACAUACAUGAUCUGAUCAAAGUAUACCUACAUUGAAAAUGAAAAAAAAAAAAUUAGUAAAAGAACGAGUCCAAGCACGACAGGAGAGAAUGAUGGCGAAGAGGAUAUCGAUUACAAGGAAGAAUUGUGUUCUCGGUAGCAUUCAGCAAGGAGAACCAUUCAUUUUGUCGAUAUUGGGCGCAGUGCAAAAUGAUGUUUGGGGGUGGAGUUGCUCUUUACUAGCCACAUUACUGGGACCAUGGACGGGGAUAUGGUCUCUUUUAUAUCCGUUAGCUAAGUCUUUAGACUUUUUCGGUACGCGACCUUUUGUUUAUAGUCACCAAUAUUACACACUGUCAUUAAGGCAGACGAGAAAGAUU